GGCUGCAUCCAGGACCAAUACAUGCUCCCUCCGUCCAUCCGCACACUCAGACAGACAUACUCGUGCCUUAUCGCCGUGCUCCCCCUGUCCCGCAAGUCGAUUGAGAUCUGCAGUUGGCGCACUUGUGGAAAAGCAAGUUCACUCACUGGCUCAGCCUCAGGGCCGACACAACACACGCAGCCCACAGUUCAUGCAAAGGUGAGCCAGGCAUCUUUUCUCGUCAGUUCACUAUAAACACCAUGUGGCACAUAGUGCUAGUGGCACAUUUGAACAAAGCACCCACUGAUCGAUGAGUUUCUUAAUUAGGGCCUCGAUCCUUUCCCAAGCCUUCUCAUAGUUAACCAAAUGCAUCCACAAUGUUUGUUAGUGUCUAUCACGUGCAGACCUGCAGGCUCCCUUAACUAAUUUGUAGGACCUCGAUCCAUCCCCAAGCCUCCUCACAGCUAGGUCCGGCUAUGUCUUGUCCGAGCUCGUGUGUGAAGCCACCAUCUGCUGCUGCCUGCACGGCGUUGAGGGCGAAGUACGUUGUGUUUGAUUUCAAUCCAGGGUCAUGGGGCACCUACUGGCUCAGCUUCCCACUGAAGCAUUUCGGAAAUGGCUCUCCUGCCGUCAGGUCUCUGCACCUCACCUCUGUUGACCUGUUCCCGCCAGCGCCGCCGCCUGAUUUCUGUGGCUUCAGAAACCUAAGGAAACUCAAGCUAGACUCUGUGUCAGUAGAUAUCCAGUGCCUGCUGCUGCCUGCUUUCUCUGUCCUCGAGUGGCUAAGCAGCUUGAGUUCAUCCCAGCCUUUGGUUCAUCUGCGGUACCUGUGUGUACAGUAUUGCUACUUCUGCGAGAUGGAGCUUGACGUGCAAGCUCCGAACCUUGCUAAGUUCCAGUUUGCCAGCUUUGAGGUCGAUCCGCAUCCGGUGGUAUUUGUGCUUGAUGGAUGCGCACGCAUACAAGUGGUGACUGUCACAGUGCUAACAGAGAUGGAUCUUUUCGAUUAUGCCUUUGCAAGCUUCCUACUGGCGGUAUGGCAUAUGCGCAGAAGCUCUCAAUGUGAAUUGCUAUUGAUACCAAGGUGAUUCUGUUUGUUCACUGCUGACAAAUGCAGAUUUUCUGAGCGCCUGCACCUGGCCUGUUAUCCUUGCUCUCCAAUGUCGCUAUAAGAUCUGUGCGACACAAUUAAUUUCCUACAUGAAAUUUUCUCUUUUUUGUUUCUCUCACAUAAAACAUGUCUUGAACUUCAAACUUUGCAGCGUAGCAAAACUUUCUAACUAGAAUGUGGGAUGAAACUUUUAGAACUUAUUUUGUAUAGACCAAAAAUUCUAAAAGUUUUAUCCUAAAUUCUAGUUAGAAAGCUUUGCUGUUCUGCAAAGGUUUGAGCUUCAACACAUGUUCUAUAUGAGAAUGAGAGAAACAAAAAAGAUAAAUGUGCUUGCAUGAAUCUUGAUGUGGAGAAUGGAUGGCUAGA